AUCAUCUCUUUCUCCCUGUUUCUAACGUCGGUAUCUGUUGCCGACUUGCGAAACCAUCAUUUGAAGACUAGCCUAUUCGCAUUGACGAGAUAUCAGCCGUCAUCCUGAAGUGCUCACUCUCCUGGUAAGAUAAGUUCAUAGAUAGGAAAGGUGUAUAGCACGUAUUCCUUCAGGGUGCAGAACGGUAGCGAAAAGUACAUAGAAUAGGUGAGGAUUGGUAGCACCAGCGAGGGGGAAUGCGAUGAGGCUACUACACGGUGUAUAUUUUACGAUAUUUGCCGUCGUUUCCGUGUGUGGUGGCAACCCGGAUGCAAAACGAUUGUACGACGAUCUGCUCAGUAACUACAACAAGCUUGUCCGGCCGGUAGUAAAUGUCACCGAUGCGCUGACGGUCAAAAUCAAGCUUAAGCUGUCCCAGCUGAUCGAUGUGAACUUGAAGAACCAAAUCAUGACCACGAAUCUGUGGGUGGAGCAGACGUGGUAUGAUUACAAACUGAAGUGGGAACCGAAGGAGUAUGGUGGCGUCGAGAUGCUGCAUGUACCCUCCGAUCACAUCUGGCGACCGGACAUCGUACUGUACAACAAUGCGGACGGCAACUUUGAGGUGACGCUCGCCACGAAGGCAACGCUUAACUACACGGGCCGGGUGGAAUGGCGUCCGCCGGCCAUCUACAAAAGUUCGUGCGAAAUCGACGUCGAGUACUUUCCGUUCGAUGAGCAGACGUGCGUGAUGAAGUUCGGCAGCUGGACGUACGAUGGAUUUCAGGUGGAUUUACGACACAUUGACGAAAUGAACGAAACGAACGUCGUCGAGGUGGGUGUUGAUCUGUCCGAAUUCUACACGUCCGUUGAAUGGGACAUUCUGGAGGUGCCAGCCGUAAGAAAUGAAAAGUUUUACACGUGUUGUGACGAACCGUACCUCGACAUUACGUUCAACAUUACAAUGCGCCGCAAGACGCUGUUCUACACCGUCAACCUUAUCAUACCCUGCAUGGGCAUCAGCUUCCUCACCAUACUGGUGUUCUAUCUGCCAUCGGACAGCGGUGAAAAGGUAUCGUUAAGCAUAUCCAUUCUGCUAUCGUUGACUGUGUUUUUCCUGCUGCUGGCGGAAAUCAUUCCGCCCACAUCGUUGGUGGUCCCGCUGCUCGGCAAGUUCGUCCUGUUCACGAUGAUACUGGACACGUUCAGUAUAUGUGUGACUGUGAUCGUGCUCAACAUUCAUUUCCGGUCGCCCCAAACCCAUACGAUGGCACCGUGGGUGAGGACUAUCUUCAUCAACCAUUUGCCCAAACUGCUCGUCAUGCGUCGCCCGAUCUACCAACCGCUCCAUCACUUCAGUGCCGCCUCUCAGCGGUUCAUGCUGCGUUCGUGCAACAGCCUCGGUGACCAUAUUCCACCACUUCCGCCCACGAUCGCAUUCGAUCCGUCGGUACUGCUUGAUCACCAUUUGCUCGAUUCCAGUGAAAGCCUCAAUACCUGCCGACUGCACGGUAGCCCGACGCAUCUUCACAAUCAUCGGUCGGGCGGUGGUCGACACCAUCACCAUCAUCACCAUAACGCGCUCGUCCGUGGCAUGGACCUGAUGGAUGACAUGCCACUGCCAUAUCACGACCACAACCAUCACAACUCGCCGAUGUCACCGAUCAACUUUAAUCUGCUCAGUACGGCUAGUACGGCGGUACCGAACCCACAGCACGGUACCACCAUUACCGGUGCUACUACCGGAACGGGGUUACUAGAUCCGAACAGCACCUUUCACAAGAGCCUAGCAGCGGCCAACACAAACGACAGCAAGGCAAACGCCAACCUGAUGUUGAAAGGUACCGCAACAACUGGUGGCGGUCACUUGAGCUGCUGCAACAGUCUGUUCCUGAACGAUCUGCAACAGGCGGCUACGGCCGCUGUUACUACCGGUGCGACGGCAGCCGAUUUAUUGUUGGGCGAUAAUGGUGUCGCGGUACCGCUGAACAACAAUCUGCCCACCAAUGUGCUGCCGAGCGGGAUGAUUAUCAACACAACCGAUACGGGCACGACGGUACCGACGGGGGCGGCAUCCGGUGGUAAAGGUGACAAGACAGGCCAGAACCGCAACCGGUGGCUAGAAUGUCCCGAGCUGACCAAGGCGAUGGAUGGUGUGACGUACAUUGCAGACCACACACGGAAAGAGGAAGAAAGCUCAAGGGUCAAGGAGGACUGGAAGUAUGUCGCUAUGGUUCUCGAUCGGCUGUUUCUGUGGAUCUUCACGAUAGCGGUCGUGUUCGGCACGGCAGGGAUAAUUCUGCAGGCACCAACACUCUACGAUACGCGCGUACCGAUCGACAUUAAGAUGUCGGAGAUUGCCACAACGACGGCGAAGCCUUACAUCGCCAAACCCAUACUAUAAUGUGUGGUUGGACGUCGCAAGAGGAUGGAGAACGGAACAGGUGUUUUCUUUUCAAGUGGAUUUGGAACCCGAGAUGUGUAUCCUUCUAGAGUCCCCGUACACCUAACAGAACUAAUAUAAACCUACACCGACACCUAUCCACAUUCACGCCAGACACAACACACACACACGUGCAUGCACACGUUGCCAUGCCUGUUAAGUAAGUAUGCAGCCCGGAUUGGCUGUUAAUUGGCUAGUAGUGUAUUAAUCUAAGUAGUAACUUUUUUAAUGGAACUGGUCAUCUUCACACACCUUGACACAUCUUGACAUCCUUCCACCUUCUCUCAAACCAGCGCACCUAACCUACACACGAAACCACAUGCAUACAUAACGCGUGCUGCCUAAUAAAUGGGGGGUACGUUUUAGCUCAGCAGACCAAUCUAACUUAUUCAAUUCCAUCGCUUAAGAAGUUGUGCUGCCUGCGUUUGGCUCAGUCUCACAGCUGGGUGCAUCAGGUAGCACUGAUUUAAAAACAAACCGCAUUACGGACGGUUACUACUAACGCUGCAAGUGUUCGCGAACAUCUUAUUCACUAACAAAACACACCUACCCCAUAA